AUGAUGCAGAUGAUGCGGAGCCUCCUUGUUCUGGCAGCUGCACGCGCCUGUGAGGAGGGCAGCUGCGGGGAGCUCCUUCAGGUGGACCUGUCCAUGCGAGCCUUCCACGCAAGUCCCAGAGAACAUCCAUGGCCCCAUGCGCGGGGCAAGGUGCCAGGGCAGCGCGGAACCACGGACUUCAUCUCUCGCAUGCCCGGUGGCCAAGCGCCGAGCUGGAGCUGGCACAACCCGAAGGGCCAGUGGGAGGAUAUGGUGGGAGGUGGACCUGUAAUCGAUGAAGACAAGUGCCUGUACCUGAUGACUGAGCAUGGUCUUUGGAAGUUUUCACGAUCUGGAGAAGUGCUCUGGCACUAUCAGACGCCGGGGCAGUCUGCCAACGAGCCUUUCUUGACUGGCGACUCCUUGCUCAGCUCGACCACAGAGGGCAACAUCUUCGCUGUUGACCGGCAAACAGGGCAGGAGCUUUGGGUCACCCAUGUGGCUGACAAUGCCGGGGCAGAUGCCGCGUAUCCGGCCGCAUUCGACGGAGUUUUCGUUGUUGCCUCCAGCAGGUGGACAAACGCCUCGGAAGAAGCACCUUGGGGAAACACCCGGAUAUUCGGCAUGGCGGUGGAAACUGGCAAGAAGCUUUGGGAGUACGAGUCGGAUGCCGUUCUCAUAGACCUUACCCCUUUGUUCCCUGGAGAUGACAGCUUUGUAUUCAUGAGCCAGGAUGGAAGCGUGUAUCGCGUGGGCCUGCGAAAUGGCACUUUGCUGUGGAAGGGUGACUCAAACAGCAGUGGAAGCUACAGUGAUGGAGGUGCGGUCAUCGGCCCGAAUGGUGUGGUCUACACGUGUAGCAACAUCGAGAAUGGGUUUCAGGGAACCCCGGGAGUGGUCCGAGCCUUCGCACUGGAGACGGGAAGUCUGGUUUGGGAACGCAUUCUGAAGGAUCCCUGCUGUACCUUCCCAGCCGUCGGUCAUGUGAAGGGUGCCGAUUCUUUGGCGGUCGUUGUGGCUCCAGGUGCCUGGCCUAAAGAGGCGCUGGACACUGGAAGCGUGGUUGCCCUGGAUGCAGAUACCGGAGUAUUGCUGUGGCAGUUCAAUGCGGAGCCCUAUUCGCCCGUGUUGGCAGCAGGGGAUCCAGAACGUUUGGUCUACUUCAGGAAUCACCCACACGUUUCGGAACGGCUGCUGUGUGUGCUGUGUCUGCCUGCGCAGUGGAGUGCCCCGGUUAUCACUGGAGAUGGUGCCGUGUACAUCGGCCGUGCAGAUGGAAAGCUAUAUGUGGUCCACGGUGCCUUGACCGGCGAUGAAGCAGGAGAGUUGACGAAGGAUCCUGCGACUGGCGUCCAUGCUUUGGUUCAGAGCAUAGGCAGCACGCCAGUUCACGGGGCACUUGGCUUUGCCGCUGGCCUCUUGGGUUACGCCACCUGUGAUUCCCUUUAUGUCUGGAAUGAGGACAGUGACAGCAUGUGA